AUGUUCCACGACAUCGUCCACCUCCAGUCCCUCGCCGGAUCCUGCAUCGGAUCUAACUCCUGCGGUGUCGGCACCGCCUAUGACGCCGACGGCAUCUUCUUCGGAGCUGCCAACAUCUCCUCUGCCAACGUUGCUGAGAGCUUCUUGGCGGACUCCGUCAACGACGCUUCCUACAGCAUGAACAGUGGUACUGACCAGGGCAUGUUCAACGACUAUGCCUCCAUCAACACCUACUGGGCUGACACCACCGCCAUGGACAACCUCCGUGGAGCCGACAUCACCGACCACUCCAUCGCUGGAUCGACCGAGACCAUCGGCUCCACCUUUGGCUCGGGCCACACUGUGCACACUGCCUCCGGCAACACCGUGUCCUACGUGCCCCACUCCCCAGCUGGUGGCAAGUAA